GAGAAAGUGAAAUCGACGAGGUGCACGUGAAUGCAGCAUUGGUACAACUGCGUAGUUCAGGGUCCGCUGUGUAUUCCUGCUCUACAGUAACUCAACUAAAAAGAUGUCCAACGUCACUGCACUCAGCCUGCGACUUCUCCACUGCUACUCAAAGCAGGGUACCUCUGGACAUGGUCCUGGUGUCAUGCGCCCGUUUAGUCUCAGUGUGCAGAGGGAGGGUUUCAAGUAUGUGAACGCUCUGGAGCUGCCAACAGACCUGAGGUCCGUCACUGACCGGGCUGCAACAACCCUCUUGUGGACUGAACUUUUCAGAGGUUUGGCGAUGACCAUGAGUUACUUGUUCCGUGAACCGGCCACCAUCAACUACCCAUUUGAGAAGGGACCUCUGUCACCCCGCUUCCGUGGAGAGCACGCCCUGCGCCGCUACCCUAACGGAGAGGAGCGCUGCAUUGCCUGUAAACUGUGUGAGGCCAUCUGCCCUGCUCAGGCCAUCACCAUUGAAGCUGAGACUCGAGCUGACGGCAGCAGGAGGACUACGCGCUAUGACAUUGAUAUGACCAAAUGUAUUUACUGCGGCUUCUGCCAGGAGGCCUGUCCUGUUGAUGCCAUUGUGGAGGGUCCAAACUUUGAAUUUUCCACAGAGACCCACGAGGAGCUGCUGUACAACAAGGAGAAGCUGCUGAACAAUGGCGACAGAUGGGAGGCGGAGAUAGCAGCCAACAUACAAGCAGACUACCUGUACAGAUAGACUGUUUAAUCUGCACACUGACAACAAAGAUGUGUGACACGUGAAAUGAUGCGUCUCAUCAUCGUUCUAUGCACUAAAGAGAUUACUGGUAGUGAAGCCUUGCAGCCUCAGACUCUGUCAUCAGAACUGAGAAAAAACAUAGAAACGCACAAUUCAGUUCUUGUGUUUUAUUGAUAUUGCACUUUCUGAAGUUGAUAUCAUAAACUGUAACCCAUGUAACCUAUGCACAUGUCUGUUAUAGACUAUCUUUUACUGCACUUUAAAAAAACAAGGUUCAUCUUAUUUAAUAGGUUGGACAUUUCUGAAAAUAUAUUUAUGUAUGUUGCUGACGCUAUUUAGGAAAGUGAAAGAAGUAAAUCCUGUUUUUAAACUUUAACUGUCUGUUGUAUUGAAGCUGGUGCUGAAACAAUUAGUCGAUUGACAGAUUAGUAAAUGCCAAUAUUCUAGCUAUUUAAUCGAUUGUUCAAAACAUCUGGAUCCAGCUUAUAAUAUGUGAUAAGUUCCUGUUUUUCUUAGUUUUGUAUGACAUCAAGUGUAUUCUGUGGUUUCAGAAUGUGAACAGGGUGUUUAGUGGACUGAUAUUAAUGAAUAUGUGCGAUUUGGUGCAGAUCCAAAUGAAAGUCUGACUCUAGUCAAUUUAAAUGUGGUUACAUAAACAGUUUGGGCCUUGGUGGAGGUUUGUACUAUAAUGAGUGCUAGUUGAGUUAAUUCUGUAAUGUCAAUGACACAGUUUAACCACAGUUUAAUAUUAAUUAGAGCUAAAGAGACCAAGCAAUCAAAUAAAACUCAACUCAGGGAAUAAACACUAAUAAUCGAUAUUUAAUUCAAAUAA